GGAAGGGGAGAGCCAUGUACACCACCUUGAGCUCCUUGGAGAACGAGGGGGGAGUAUAAAUGCAAUCAAUCAAAUUAAAUUGUCUGCGACAUUAUUUGAAAUUAAUGGGGAGUGGAAGACUCCUGAAACAUUUCGCGGAUGGGCUGAAGAAGCCGAGACACGGAAACUGUCCAAAAUAAACAAGACCCUUUGAAACAGGUGGGACACGUGGCUCUAAAAUGUCAUCACAUUGAUUUCCACAAAAAUUGAAAAAUGAACCCCCCCCCCUCUAUAACUUAGGGAAAACCAUCUUAAUGAUAAAACUUACAGUAUGAGAGAAACACAAUAGAUAAUAAUAAAACAAAUUUAUUGAGAGGUUGCAUUUGUGUUUUACAUUUUUUUAAUGCUAAUCCUCUAAUCUAUUCGCCCUACUUUAGAGUUUGGGUUAUGUUUGUUUAUUUUUUUUGCUUUGCUGUCCUUUUCUCCUACAUAAUGUCAUUUAUUUCCCUCCUUUUCCACAUCGGCCACCCGGGGAUCGUCAAAAUGAAGGCGUUGGCUUGGUGUUGCAUCUGGUGGCCUAAUAUGGACAAUGCCAUCACUUUGUGGGUUGCCUCCUGUCAAGCAUGCCAAGAGUCGAGACCUGCACCGCGGGCAACUAAGGGCAACACCUGGGAGAUGCCCAAGGCACCAUAGUCGAGGGUGCACAUCGAUCUUGCCAGCCCCUUUCCUGGCCGGACUUUUAUGGUAGUGGUGGACGCUUAUUCCAAAUGGCUGGAGGUGGCCCUGAUGCCCUCCACCACUACCGAAGCCGUCAUCCGGGUGCUGCGGGGCCUGUUUGCAACUCAUGGGUGUCCUGAUGUCCUUGUCUUGGACAACGGACCUCAGUUCACGUUAGGCACCUUUGAAAGGUCCCUCUUGGGGCUGGGCAUCCACCAUGCCCUCAUGGCAGCAUUUCACCCGGCCAGCAAUGGGCAGACAGAGAGAAUGGUGUGCUCAGCAAAAGAGGCACUGGUGCGCCUAGAACAGAGGGACUGGCACGAGCGGGUCACUGAAUACUUGCUUGUGCAGCACAUCACCCCUCAUGUAGCUACAGGACGGAGCCCAACCGAACUGCUCAUGGGCUUCCGGUCUCCGCUUGACCAGCUGCACCCGGACUUUGGUAUGGCCGAGCCCUUGGGCUGUACUAACAUGCCAUGGUCCUUUAUUCCGGGGAAUCAGGUUUUUGCCUGGAACUUUGUGGGGGACAUUCCUUGGGUGCCGGCCAUGGUAGUGGGAGUCACGGGGCCCUGUUCAUACCAGGUGGCACUCCAGAACGGACACCUGUGGCGCCGGCACAUAGACCAGCUAAGGCACAGGGUUGGGGAUUUGGACAUUACCACUGUGCCCCCAACUGUGGCUUCAGCUCCAGAGCGGUUGCUAAUGGAAGGCGAGGCUCCACCUACAUCUUCCUCACAAACUGAGGGCAUGGAGCCGAGCCGAGCCAUUUUGGUGGGUCUGCCUGGCUCUCCAGAGAUUCGGACCACCGCUGUGCCUGACCGUCCACCGAGUCUGCUUGUGGCAGUUCCUUCAACAGCAGCAGAGCCAGGGAACUCGGGCUCAAUGCCACAUUUGGUUGCACCACAGUCACAGCCAGAAUCGGGCGGCCACCCUUACUCUGGUACUGGCCCUUGGUGGUCUGACAGGGUUUCCAAGCGCCCAGCUUAUUUAAAAGACUAUGUUCAACUGCACAUGUAAAGCUGUAUGAUGAAUAGGGUCAAUUAAUAUGCUUAUGUGCCUUAAACCAAUAAGGGUAUUGCUGUAUGUAAUGGAACCACUAUGAUUGUAACUAAUGCCUUAUCUCGGUGGGGAGGGGUGUUAUGUAUUGAAGUUCUCACCCUGGCCACCAGGGGUAUUGUGUAUGU